UUUUCUUUUUGAUUUUGUCACGGUCACGCAUUGAUUAUUCUAUUUUUAUCUCGACAUCUACUUUAAUUACAACUUAAAAACUUAUAAAUACAAAAUACAUAUCUUUAUUACAGUUAGUAUUAUUACAUUGGUCCACGGAUAUUACGAGUAAAGUGAAAAAAUACUCGUACGAAAUGAAAUUAUUGUCUAGUAUCAGGGAACUUCCUGUCUUAGCCAAAAGUAAUGUACACAUAAAAAAUGAAGAAACUUUAUUAGAAAAAUUAAAUAAAAUAAUAUCACAAGGUCAUGAGAAAUUACAAAUUGUUACCGAUUUUGACCACACUUUAACAAGGCACAUUAAAGAUGAUGGGACACCAGUUUUGACAAGUUUUGGAAUGCUAACAGCUUGUCCAUCAGUCCCUCAACACUACAAAGAUGAGGAUAUGAGACUAUCUGCUAUUUACAAACCUAUAGAAUCCAAUGGAUGUAUCAGUGUUGAAGAAAAAACCAAACAUAUGGUUGAUUGGUAUGUGGCAGCAAAUAGCCUUUUGAAAGGGAUGAUAUUUCCAAAAAAUGAAUUAACUAAAGUGGCUGAAGGACUUAAGGACUGUUUUAGGAGCGGCGUUGAACAUUUAAUAGAAUGGAGUGAGAGCAAUAAAGUGCCAGUAUUGAUAUUCUCUGCCGGACUGGGGGACUGUGUCGUGGCCGCCGUGAAGUCUAGCAAUUUAAUGCGUGGAAACGUAAAGGUUGUAGCCAAUUUCCUGGCCAUGAACGAGAGAGACGAAAUAGUUGGCAUGCAAGGUGAAAUAAUACAUACUUUGAAUAAAAACGAAACGGCCAUCAAGAACACAGAAUACUAUGGAAUGGUUAAGGAUAGGAGUAAUGUUCUCUUAAUGGGCGAUAACAUCGGCGACGCGGGAAUGGCCGAGGGCAUGGAGCAUUGCGAUGUCGUCAUAAAAAUAGGAUUCCUUAGUUGCAAAGUGGAGGAAAAUUUACAAAACUACAUGGACAAGUUUGAUAUUGUGCUAGUCAACGAACACACUUUGGACGUUGCGAAUGCUUUAAUUGAUUUGCUGCAGUGAUUUGUGAAACUGUCUAUUUGUUUCAUCAAGCCAACACAACGAGGACUUUGUUUUGAAAUAAUUGAACCGGUUACGUUGUAAACGAAUUAUAACAGUUAAUUAUAUUAUUAAUGUUAUUUUAUGAUAUUUUUUUGUUGAACAUGUUAAUUUUUAUUAAUAUUAUUAAAUGUUAUAAAA